GGCAACUUACCACACAAAUCCCCCGUUUUUAGCUGAGCACCGUCCUUCCUUAUUUGACCCGACAUCCCUCUCCCACCAACUCCCAUUUCCGCUCACAAGCAAAAAGAAAAGCAUCUCCGCCGUACGCUCCUCCGAAAAUGACAGACUUCAGCUCCCUGAGCGCAGACCUGAUGGAGCACAUACUGUCGCUUCUCCCAACCCCAACCCUCAUCAGGGCGACCGCAGUCUGCAAGCACUGGAACUCCACCAUCUCCUCACCGGCCUUCACCUCCAACCAAGACCGGACACAAACCCGCCCCUGGUUCUUCCUCUACGGCCUCCACAAUACAUCCUCCAAGAACCACCAGUCCUUCGCGUUCGAUCCACUCUCCGAACUCUGGUUCCGCCUACCCUCCUCCUCCUUCCCUUUCCUUUCUCCCGACUCCUCCUCCUUCCUUGGCUCCCAUGGCUUCCUCUUCACCACCGCCCCUUCCUUCUCUUUCUCUCCUAUUCUCCACCGCCUCUCCACCGUCUUCACCACCUCCUCUCUUCACUACUCUCGCGUCAACCCUCUUCUCGGCGUCUUCUAUGCCAAUUCCAACGCACCCAGAUUCAUCGUUGUCGGUGGCGUUAGGUUCAUCGGCAAUCUCGUCGAUAUCGAGGACCGUUUGGCCGUCGAGAUAUACGAUCCCCAGUUUGAUUCCUGGGAACGCUGCCCUCCUUUGCCUGCUGAUUUCAGAUCCGGAAACUCUUCCCUAUCGCUUUCCUCGGCUUUGUUCGGAGGGAAAUUUUAUGUCCUUGGGAUUUAUUCGUGUUUCAUAUCCGCCUUUGACUUGGAAAAACAUGUCUGGACUGAGGUCCAGACGCUUAGGCCUCCUGGGGUUAUCUUCUCCUUCUUGAUCUCGUGCCGGGAUCGGCUUGUUCUGGCUGGAAUAUGUAAUUCGCCACUUGGGCCUUCGUUUAAUCUGUGGAGGAUCGAUGAGAAGACCAUGGAGUUCAGCGAAAUUGCGAUUAUGCCGCAGGAUUUGCUUUACAGCUUGUUUGAUAGCGACGAGGAUGAUAAAUUUGCGAGCUUGAAAUGUGUUGGGUUGGGUGAUCUUAUCUAUGUUUUUAACGAAGAGUACCAUAAAAGAUACCCGGCAUGUGUUUGUGAGAUUAGCAGGGAGUCUGGGAAGUGUAAGUGGAGGAGAUUGCCCCCAUUGCCUAUACCUGUUAAUAAGUUUCACAAAGUCAUUAGCUUUUGUUCCACCGUUUCGCUGCAUAAUAUUCUUCAGGGUCGAGAGGAAGGAGCUGAUGAAGUGCAGCCUAUGUCUGAGUGAUCAAUUCUCCUACUGCUUAAUCUUUUGAGAUGAGUGAUAAUUUGACACCUCAUCCCCCCCAAAAGCAGCAAUUCCACUCAAUAUCAGCACAAACUGCUUGUGACAUCUUGCUUAGGAAGACCAUUAGUUUCACUGAAGGCACCAGCUGACUACAAAACUUGAUGAAUCUUUAAAGUUGGUAUUGAUCACAUCUUGCCCUCAAGUUCUAGUAUAAUUCUCAUGUUUAGCAUCUUCUACUAUAUUUUGUUGCUCGGAAGUUGACCAUGCUAGCAAUACUACAAGUCUUAGUUCUUUUUUCUUGCGAUCGUUGUUUUGUUCGUGCCUUGUUCAUGUCCUCCUCCAUUCCUCCUUCUGACAUCUAGUUAUUUUUGGUGUCAAACUUUAUUUGCAUCGAAUGCUAUGACCCUCGGAUGCUGCUAGGGCAGUUGAGAUGUUAAUAACUUACAAUAGUCCACAACUUGUCCGACAGCAUGCAGAUGAUGGAGUUGCAAGAUCAAAAACUUAUGUCUUCUUCAAAUGAAUAAGUAAUGCAGCUGGAUUUAUGGCCAUUUUAUCUGCUACCAAGAUAUUCUUGCUGCAAGGAAAAUGGACGUGUGCAGGUGUUUUAAUGUAGAUUAAUUUUCUGUAGGUUGACCACCCUUGAGACUUCCUCUCCGUGCUCAUGUUUAACUACAUUGGCAUCUACAUAAUAAUAAUAGUUGUGUUUAAUUAUCUGGUGUGCAUUACUCAAUGCAAUGAAAUGAACUGUACAAUGUAAUAAGUUUCAGCUUAAUUGACUUAUACUUCAUGCAAUCC